ACGAGCGGCGGCAGCAUGGCACACACACAGCCACUUCGGCGACAACCAAGCAACAGGCACCAACUUCUCCCGCCACUGCAGCCGCAGCAGCCAGCCCCGCUCAAGAUGUACAGCCGCCGAGUCACCCUCACCCUUCUCUGCCUGACCCUCGUGGUGGCCCUUGUGACGCAAGAGGCGCAGGCCAGCAAGCUCAAGAAGGUGGCCAAGUACGCACUCAUCGGCGCCGCCCUGGCGCCAAGGAUCGUCCCCAUCCCGAUCCCGAUUGGUCACCACGCUCACUACGAGCCCCACUACGACCACGGCUGGCACGCUGGUCUGCAGGGCGGUCACGGCUGGUGGUGAGACGACCACCGAGGGUGGCGCGCCACACGCCCGCCCGACGGCAACAAAAGUCAACUACACUUAAGUUCCCGCUCGCUACGAAGAGCGCUCCGACCACCAAAUGUGUGACCAGUCAACGUUUCUAAGUGUUUGUAUAUAAUGUAUACGUGUGCUCGUACCUGACAGCCUACCAUAGACUCACACGGCAUUUGUUUGUCCCCGUCCGAAACGACGUCUUCUCCGCGUUCCUGUCCAAGUGUCUUCGCUUUAAUAAAGCCAAUAAUUCAUUGACCACCAAAAAACACGUCCUUCGUCUUUCCUCUCACGCGCCCACAGAGGCCCCGUCGAUCGCCUCCGGCCCAAACUCACUUAGCCGGCAAACACUUGCCAGUUUGUCCACUGAACAAGAUUCCAAGCCAGCCUUUUAAUUUAUACUGAACAGGCAUCCGUACAAUAAGGUUACUCGUUACGAACACACUGUAGUAGGCCGCUACAGAAAAGGCUUGGAACGACUAUGCGACGCACCGCGACAUAACAUUCUGAAAAGUCGAGUUUUCAGUGAGGCUACGUCAUUCGAGAACGAUCAGUUCGAUUAGCUGCAAUGUACGGUUUCUGUAGUGGCGGUACAGUCGCGCGGCCACCGUUUUGUUUCCACUUUCCUGUACAGAACCACAUUGCGUGGUUGUCGAUUCUACAACAGCCAGUAAGUGCCUUAGGAUGCCGCACGGUCCUUUCUAUAGUAUUUUGCGGCGCGUAUAAACGCCCAGCGAUGGCAAAAGCACGACGACAACGCCUACAGAGAAGACGCAGGCUAGAGGGUGAGAAAACAACGCUGUCACAUCGGGCGUUAUCGACUUAGGCGUCAGUAAGGCCACCGACGAUGAGAGCGCGCGUGCUCUUACGUCAUACAUUCGCUAAACGUCGAGGAAGUCGCGCUGAGUCCGCAACACGGUCGGAAAUCCGUAGAAGA